AUGCCUUUCUACGCUGUAGCGAAAGGUAGAACGUCGGGGAUUUUUAUGAACUGGGGUGACUGUGAAGCACAAGUGAAAGGUUUCUCUGGAGCUAAGUACAAAAAAUUCAAUACAGUUGUUGAAGCUCAAGACUAUAUUGCUGCUGGUGGAAUUACAAAGAAAAUUCCAUCACAGAAGGAUCAAUCUUCAAAUAACGAAUUUGCCUUAGCAAACAACACAGGUAACAAUAACCUCAAAAGGACUUAUUCAAGUUCAGCCAAAAGUAAAAACAACCAACCACCUGUACCAGCUAAGAAAUCUAAGGAAAAACGUAGAAAAGAUAGCAGUGAUAGUAUUGAUGACGAUCUGGGCUUAAGCAGCAUAGUGGUAAAACAAUUAGAUGACAUUGAAGCUAGAUUAAAGGGAGUAACAAAAAACGUUGACAACAUAGUUAAAAAAAAUACCAAAGUUGUAGGCAGAAAGACCCAAUUAAUCGAUCAACAAGACAUACCACAAGGUUUUCAAACAGACCAUGAAGGGUACGUUCAAGUUUACACAGAUGGUGCCUGUUCUGCAAAUGGCCGGUCCGGGGCACGUGCUGGUCUCGGUGUCUAUUGGGGAGAAGGUUCCAGCUUGAAUAUCAGUGAGCCCGUCUCGGGGCGUGCUACUAACAAUUGUGGUGAAAUACAAGCAGCAUCUAAAGCUAUACAGCAAGCUAUUGAUAAUGGAAUAAAUAGGCUUGCUAUUAAUACUGAUUCUAAGUUUCUCAUCAAUUCUGCUACCAAGUGGAUGUCAGGUUGGAAACGAAAUGGAUGGAAACUAAAGUCUGGAGAACCUGUUAAGAAUGAAGUCGACUUCAAGCAAUUAGAUAGAGUUUUAAAUAAGAUUGAUGUCAAAUGGAUAUAUGUGGAAGCUCAUCGUGGAAUCCAUGGUAAUGAGAGAGCUGACCAGUUAGCUAAAGCGGGGGCUUCGAAAUAUGGUUUUACAUAA